AUGGGUCGAAGCUUCGAGUACACCUCGAAAAUGAUGGAAAGACAGGUUCUCAGCUUCUUACAAAAGAACAUUUUUACUCGGUUUGGUACUCCUCGAGCAAUAGUAAGCGAUGAAGGGAGCCAUUUCGUAACAAGCGAGUUUGAAGCACUCCUCUCAAGAUAUGGUGUUCGACAUCGAACCGCUUUACCAUACCAUCCCCAAAGUAAUGGCCAAGAAAUCUCUAACCGAGAGAUUAAGAUGAUUACGGAGAAAACGGUGCAAAGAUCAAGGAAAGAUUGGUCAAGGAAGUUGGAUGACGCACUGUGGGCGUACAGAACAGCUUUCAAAACACCAAUUGGGGAGAAAAGUUACCGCAAGUCGAAUGAGUUAGAUGAGUUUCGGAACGAAGCCUAUGAAAACGCCAAGAUAUACAAAGAGAGAACUAAAAAGUGGCACGAUAAAGGUCUAAUACGGAAAGAGUUUCAACGGGACGGCAAGUGCUACUCUUCAAUUCAAGGCUGA